CCUCUGCUCCAUUUCUCUAUCCCCCCCCCCCCUCAUGAUUCUCUCCUUCUUCUUCUUCCUCUAAUUUACACAAACAAUCCCAUUUUAAUGGAACUCAAUCACCUUAAUCAACAUCCAAUUUCCACUCCUUACAUUCCUACCCUUCUCAAACAUUCCAAAAUCAAACCACCCCUCAAUCCCAAUUCUUCCUCUUCCUCCUCCUCUUCUUCCUCUUCCUCCUCUUCCUCUUCUUCCUCUUCCUCUAAAAUGGCUGACCCAAUUCCCAAAUCUCAACCAACCCAACCCCACAAGAAACAAGUUCGAAGAAGACUCCAUACCAGUCGACCCUAUCAAGAACGCUUGUUGAAUAUGGCCGAAGCCAGAAGGGAGAUUGUUACUGCGCUUAAGUAUCACCGGGCCGCCAUGAAAAAGGCCGCCGCAGCCGCCACUUCCACUGCCACCGCUCCGCGGUCGCCGGUGGAGGAGUCAUCCCCUGUCAGAUCCCAAGAAGGGAAGAUCAAACCCAGGAAAAACCCUAAAUCCUCAACUACUACAGAGAGAAAUAGAGAAACACCACAGAGUAAUUUCAAAUGUUACAAUAAUAACAAUUUGAAGAAUUCGUGUUACGAUCCAUCGAUGAUGAUGAUGAUGAAUUGUUCGUUACCUAGUUGGUCGAUGGAAGGGAAUAAUAACAUUGUGGACAUUGUAUUACCAGAGCAAACUCUUGGACUGAAUCUAAACCUGCAGGAUUUCAAGAAUUUGGAUGCGAAUCUGUUUUCAAAUAGUAGCAUGUCGGUUUCGGGUUCGGGUUCGGGUUCGACAUCGACAUCGAUAGGAAGGGAUCAGGAACAGGAAUUAGGAGGGGGCGGAGGAAGGGGCAUGCACGUGGCAGUGGGGGAGGAGGAGAUGGCGGAGAUGAGAACGAUAGGGGAGAAACAUGAGAUGGAAUGGAGUGAUAAGAUGAGUAUGGUGAAAUCGGCAUGGUGGUUAAGAUUUAUGAAGAUGGGGGAAAAGGAAGAGGAAGAAGAUCAAGAAGAUCAAUUAGAAGGGUUUGGAUAUGGAUAUGGGGAUCCGUUUGAUCAGAUAUUGGAGUUUCCAGAUUGGAUGAACAAUGGAAAUGAGAAUUGCUUUGAAGAAGAACAAUUAAAGUUGAAUGAUUAUUCCCAGUUCUUCCAUCAUGAUCAUCCUUCUGCUCUUCCUUGUAUGGACAUUGGAGAGUUUGAAGGCAUGGAUGGGGAGUGGUUGGCUUGAAAAAGGAUUUGAUUGUUUUUUACUAAUCAAAUCUACAGGAACUUUUUCUUUUUUCUUUUAUAUUUUUUAAUAUAAAUAUAUAAAUAUAUAUAAAUAUAUAUAUAUAUUUCAAUUUUGUUAGUUUUAGAGUCCAAAGUUAUAGUAAUAAAGAUGUUAAAAACAGUUGCUUUAUAAAGUAGGUGAGCAAUGGAGUUUAAAUUUAAUAAGGGAAGAUCAACUUUUGGUUUUCCCUUUUUCUAUAUCUUCCUUUCUUGUAUUUACAUUCAAAUCUUAUUUCUUUGUAAUUACCUGUCUCUGCUAUCAUCUUCCAUAAAAUCGGACCCUUGGCUUAGUUCAAUAGGUAAGAUGUUUGUCCGAUGUAAACUUUAUAUUCAAAGAGUUUAUAAAAACAUCAAUUUGCGAAA